GGAUCAGUGCGGCGCACACACUCUUAUUCAGUCACUCUCUCUGAGCGCGUCUCGCUCGCUCACACGCCGGGAGCCCAGGAGCGCGCAGGAUCCCGAGCGGCGCGGAAAAAGUUGUGCCGGCUUUUACUCCAGACUAAUUGCUUUGGGAAGUGCGUUUGCUCUCUGAAACCGCCGAGCCUGCGGAAUCCUGUCCUCAAGGCUCAGCACCCGGGAACUCGGGACGCCUCCACGUCCUGGACUAUUCACAGCCUCGGCAACAAUAGCUGCCCCCGCCGCCAGCGAGGCGCCCAGACCUAGUGCCUGCGGGGGUCUGGGGACCCCAACCGGCCUCCCGGGCUCAGACGUGUGGCCAGCGUGGUCCUCGUGUGCAACCCCAGCGUACUGGAACGCCUCUCGUUUUGCUCCUCUUGGGGGCCGAUCCAAGCUCCAUCUGCAAACUCCAUCCCGAGGGCUGGAAGAAGUCGCCGCGCGGAUCCGGGGAUUUACAAAGCCGGGGCCGCUCCGGCCAGGGCCGCGAUGCGGGUCGGUCCCGUGCGCUUUGCACUCAGCGGCGCCUCGCAGCCCCGCGGUCCGGCUCUACUGUUCCCGGCUGCCCGGGGUACCCCGACCAAACGCCUGCUGGACGCGGACGACGCGGCGGCUGUGGCGGCCAAAUGUCCGCGCCUCUCUGAGUGCUCGAGCCCCCCAGACUACCUCAGUCCCCCGGGCUCGCCCUGCAGCCCGCAGCCUCCGCCCUCCGCGCAGGGGACGGGCGGCAGCUGUGCGAGCGCACCCGGGCCCAGCCGCAUCGCCGACUACCUGCUGCUGCCCCUAGCUGAGCGCGAGCAUGUGUCCCGGGCGCUGUGCAUCCACACCGGCCGCGAACUGCGCUGCAAGGUGUUUCCCAUUAAACACUACCAGGACAAAAUCAGGCCUUACAUCCAGCUGCCAUCGCACAGAAACAUUACUGGCAUCGUGGAAGUGAUCCUCGGGGAGAGCAAGGCCUAUGUCUUCUUUGAGAAGGACUUUGGGGACAUGCACUCCUAUGUGCGAAGCCGGAAACGGCUUCGGGAAGAGGAGGCCGCUCGGCUCUUCAAGCAGAUUGUUUCGGCCGUGGCUCACUGCCACCAGUCGGCCAUUGUGCUGGGGGAUCUGAAGCUUAGGAAAUUCGUCUUCUCCACGGAGGAGAGAACCCAGCUUAGAUUGGAAAGCCUGGAAGACACACACAUAAUCAAGGGUGAAGAUGAUGCGCUGUCGGACAAACAUGGCUGCCCAGCCUAUGUGAGUCCCGAGAUCCUCAACACUACUGGGACCUACUCUGGAAAGGCAGCGGACGUUUGGAGCCUCGGGGUGAUGCUCUAUACGCUUUUGGUUGGACGAUACCCCUUUCAUGACUCAGACCCGAGUGCCCUUUUCUCCAAAAUCCGCCGUGGACAGUUCUGCAUUCCUGAGCAUGUUUCCCCCAAAGCCAGGUGCCUCAUCCGCAGCCUCCUGAGGCGAGAACCUUCUGAGAGACUCACAGCUCCCGAGACCUUACUCCAUCCCUGGUUUGAAUAUGUUUUGGAACCAGGGUAUGUUGACUCAGAAACAGGAAGUUCGGACCAGAUUGUUCCUGAGUACCAGGAGGACAGUGACAUUAGUUCCUUCUUCUGCUAAUCCCAAAAAAAAAACCCUCAGAAACCUCAUAAUUCUCACACAUGGCAUUUCCAUUUCUAAUGCUGGGCAGGCCCUCUUACACGGUGCAGCCCAGAUUUGGAGAUGGAGCACAAUUGUCCCUAUGGGUCUCGGUGUGUGCCACCUCUCUGGGCUGAGUGAUCGGAUGUGAGCAGCACACACACAGAUGAGCUGCUCUGCAAAGGUGUCCCCUCCUCGAUGAACCGUGACGACUGUCCCAGCGUCAGACACAAGAGUGUCACAUGUUUUGAAGCUAAUGGAAGAGUAUGGCCAUCCCGCAUAGUCAGGUGUACUUGAACAUUUGAAUGGGAAAGGAAGCCCAUCGCACAGUGGCAUUUUAACGAGGUGGCCAAUCGGUUGGGGUGACAAACCCAUUGAACUUGUCUUGGAAGGCUCCACUUGCUGCUGCGGUUUCUCUGACCAGAAGUUUGUCUCUCUUCUCUUUUUUUUUAACCCUCAUUCUUGCUGUACACUCAGCUAUGAUUGCUCCAGGGUCGGAACAGACUGAAAAGCUCCGGAGCCUGCCUGAACCCCGACUCUUCCCCCCAAGAGCUUGCCAAGACCUCCUAUGCAAUAAUGUUGCCCCCCUCCCCGCACCGUGGAACCUGUCCUCUGCAGCUGUGGAAGCACUCUGCGGCUAAUGGUGGGAAACUAUUGGGAGAUUCAAACUCCUGGCUGUUUCAGCACACUUGAGCUCAGUCGGGCAGCAAUGUUUUAAUUUGAUCACUUGCUAUCUAUUAGCUCUUGAGGCUCUCGUCAAAGAUAGCAUUUAGCCUUUACCCCUCGCCCCAAGACCAUCUCGGGGCGGAACAUUUUGUGUAUGAGGACAAGGGUGAAGAGACUCCCCACCCUGCUCUCUCAGGAGCAUAUAUGAACCAACCAUCUUUGGGCUUCAAAGAAAGAAAAUCUGAGACAAGUCUUGGAAGAUUGUCAGACUAAUAUUCAGAAUGAAACUGAACACCGCCCUCCCCUGGGUAUGCUGUGUCUCUGGCAUCCAGAGUCUUCAGUUUCCCAUCCUGGGCUCUCUUGGACCUUGAGUGUGGUGUGACUUGUGAAUCCCUCUGUGAUGCUGGCUCUGGAGGGACAGCGAACCUCGAAAACGUAGCUGGAAAGGACUGUAACGUUCAUCCGAUGCAAACUCUGCCUUCAAGCUGCCUACCAGAAAUCCCCCCUGCUUCAACUUCCACAGGUGGGAACCCAGCCUCGGCCCGCAGGCUUCUGGAGAUGGAAACUUACUCCUUGCAAGAAAGGAAGCUUCUCGGAGAAGCUGCCGGAAGUUGCAUUUACAAAAAAAAAAAAAAACUAAAAAAAAAUUUACAGAUGAAAUAGCAGUCACUGUCUGGGACAGUGCUGAAACCAGGUGGUUUAAACGGGUAACAGAAAUACUGUAUUUUGAGAAAUGGCACAGAAGCAGGCAGGCAUCUUCAAGGGCUAUGCCUAGGCAGACUACUAACAUUGUGAGAAUGCCGUGUAUACCUCACGUACUGUGUACUUUAUAUUUGUACAUACAUUUUACCUUUUAUACCUAUGUCCAGUUGUUGUCGUUCGGCUCUGAGGCUUGUUUCGUCGUCGUCGUCUGUGUCUGUCUGAGGAACCUGUGUGUCCAGAGCCACGUGAAAUGUGAAUGGUUGUCAGCAAUACGACCUUGACGGGACGGUGGGACCCCGGGAGGAGCAGGGUUAGCUAGGACCUCUCUUAGGGUUACCCAGCUCUUGUGUCUGUGAUACGGUCCCUGGCUGAGGACUUGGCUGGCCUGGGCGUUCGCCUGGACAGCGUGGAAACACUAGGUCUCCUGUGCGCGUGUGGAAAGGUGACAGUGUCACACUGUUGCUGACCUGUAGAGAACUUUUAAUAAAUUUGGUUUUCGUAAAGAAAA